AUGUCGGCGUCGGCGUCGGCUUUUGAGGUCGAUCAAUCACAAGCUAAAUUUGUUGCUCAAAGUAGUAUUCUACGUGCAUCGGCUCGUUGCUCACAGACACUAUCAUCCACAAACAUGAUCGAUGACAUUUCUGAAUCAUACAUAAUGAAAACAACACGAACGUUUUCUUCAAAUGCAACUUAUAUGAGGAAAAACAAUGCUGCACCUGUUACUGAAGAAUAUUGGCUCUACUUCACACCAUGUGGAGGUGUUUGUUUUGGUCUAGACAAGAAAUGCGAUGAUCAAUACAAUAUUCGAACUGAUAUAAAAGGAUUAGUAUAUUGUUUUCUACCUACAAGUAUGGAAUCGCUAUUACCGUUUCAUAUCAACGGGUGUUUUGCCCUUUCCACAGAUCGUCGUCGUCUUCUACAAAAGUUUGUUGAUGAUCGAAACAAGCGACAAUAUGAAUGGAAUGAUCUUAUUUUGAAAGCUGUUAGUAAAGCACUUUUACUUGGUUUAGAAAAUGCUUUAAAUGUAUGUGGCCCACAUUCAUUUGAAACAUUAACAAAAUUUUGGUCAAUUCCAAUCAAGUUGCCAUCACUUAAAGCAUUAGAGACGACUUUUUUAUCUUCCAUUAUUGAUCCACUGAAAAAUUUUGCAAUACUCAGCGAUGGCAAACAAGUCGGUUAUUUCCAACUAUGCUGGAUUCCUAAAUAG